CCCGCACAGUCCUUACCAAAUAUUGUAACAACUGUGCGGAGUCUACGGAAUUCCAACCACAGGUUAUACAUAAUUAAAAAUUUGGAUACAAACUUUCUUCUAAGUUUUUUAAAAGUAGGAGAAAAGAAACUUUUCCUUUUCAACAAUUAUGGAGAGUAUUUUGAAGUGGAACCCGUCUGUGUUUUGGACUUCUAUAUCAAAGAAGAGUGUCAGCGGAAAGGCUAUGGGAGGGAGUUGUUUGAAGACAUACAGAAAAUUGAAUUAAUAUUAGCCUGUUUGAUGAAAACACUUAUUCUAUUCGAUGAAAUAUAUUGA